AUGGAUGAGGAUAUAGUGUUAAUCAAUAAGCUACAAGUUCAUGCCAUCACUGGUAAAGAUUUCUGGAACCGUCCAUUCCCACAACCAAUUGACGUUUCUAUCAAAUUGAGAACAGAUUUUAAUAAGGCAAGUUCUUCAGAUGAUCUUAAAUAUUCAUUGAAUUAUGCAGUCAUUUCGAGAAACAUUACUGAAUAUUUCGAAAAGAAUAAACAUAGAAAUUUCAAGUCAUUAGAAAAUAUUGCAAAUUCUGUCUCUGAAGUCGUUUUGGAUGAAAAGAAAGGUGGUGGUGAUAAUGUCGAGAUCAAGGUAUCUGGAAAGAAGACAGAGAUACGUGCUGAGAAUAUUGAAGUCACAAUUAAUAGAUUGAAGCAAGAUGGUCAAAUACACAAGAUACCGGGUACGGUGGAUAGACUAAACAUCUCAUCCUUGAAAUUGCUAACCUUGAUUGGUGUUUUCACUUUUGAAAGAUUCAAGAAACAAUUUGUUACUAUUGAUUUAGACGUGGAAUAUGAUCAAGCUAAACCAUUUGAUUACUACAAAACCAUUGCUGAAGUGGUUACAUACAUUGAAAAUGCAAAUUUCAAAACAGUGGAGGCUUUGAUUGAUUCUGUCGCACAAAUUGUUACCCAAAAUGAUGUUUUACAAGUCACUGCUAAAGUGGAAAAACCAAAUGCUAUAACGUAUGCUGAUGGUGUUGGAGUACAAGUCACCAGAACAGCAGACCACUUCAAACAUUUACCAAAGAUUGAUGCUCAAAGUGUCACCACUACAGAAGACUAUCAAGAAACUUUCAAUUUACCAUCUGCAGAAAAAGACCACAAGCCGACCUCUGAUGAUCAUUUGGUGUAUUUGGCAUUUGGUUCUAAUACGGGUGAUCAAAUUGAAAAUAUCACUGCUGCUAUUGAUGCUUUGAACUCACUUGGUGAUACCAAAGUUUUGGAAACUUCUUCAUUGUACGAAAGUGAACCAAUGUAUUAUCUUGAUCAACCCAAAUUUGUUAAUGGUGCAUUGAAAUUACAAACAUCAUUAUCACCUCAAGAUUUGUUAAAAAAAUUAAAAGAAAUUGAAUAUGAUUUAUUGGGAAGAGUGAAACUAAUAGAGAAUGGACCAAGAUCAAUCGAUUUGGAUAUUUUACUUUACGAUGACCUAGUCAUCAAUGAACCAAACCUUAUCAUCCCACAUAUAAGAAUGAUUGAAAGAACUUUUGUUCUACAACCAUUAUGUGAGCUAAUAUCACCUCAAGAUAUACAUCCAGUCACUGCAGAGCCUUAUCAUAACCAUCUUGCCCAAUUAUACAAAUCUUCAGUUGAUCAUACCAAGCAAAAAUCAAAUCUUUUACAAACCCUAGUGCCAUUCCAUAAUAAAUACUCUAAAUAUGACCAAUCAAGAAACUUGACAUUUGAUUUGCUAACAAACUCCCACAAGACAAGAAUCAUGGGAAUUUUAAACACAACGCCAGACUCAUUUAGUGAUGGUGGUAAAAAUGCAUCUGUUGAAGUUGCCAUUAAAAACGCAUUACAAAUGGUCAAUGCUGGCGUUGACAUUAUUGAUAUCGGUGGUGUCUCCACAAGACCUGGUUCAGUUGCUCCAUCUGAGGAAGAAGAAUGGAAUCGCGUUGUUCCUAUUGUCCAAGCUAUUAGAUCCCAUGAAAACCCAUUGUUACAAAAUGUUGUCAUUAGUAUUGACACUUACAGAUCACAUAUUGCGUUAGAAUCCAUUAAAGCUGGUGCUGAUUUGAUUAAUGACAUCAGUGGUGGAUUGUAUGAUGAGAAAAUGUUUGAUGUCAUUGCAGAAACUGGUGUUCCGUAUAUUUUAAACCAUACUAGAGGGACCCCAGAUACAAUGUCUAAAUUGAAUCAAUAUGAAGAAAACUCAAAUGAAUCUGUUACCGAAUAUGCACAUCCUUCAAUCCCAGUUUCUGAACAUGAUGAAACUUUGUUAAAAGCCAUCUCUAGAGAAUUGGUUGUUCAAUAUAAAAAAGCUAUAAGUCAUGGUGUUAAAAGAUGGCAAAUCAUAACCGAUCCUGGGAUUGGAUUUGCUAAAAAUUUAAAACAAAACUUGGCUAUAAUCAGAGGAACACCAUUGAUCAAGACUUAUUCAAAUUAUGAUCAAGAAAAUAAAGAAUUUGGAAGUUUAGCUGGUUUGCCAAUCUUGCUUGGUCCUUCUCGAAAGAAGUUUAUUGGUACAUUAACCAAUGAAAAAGACCCGGCUGAUCGUGUUUUAAGUACUGGUGCUGUGAUUAUGUCUUGUAUUGGUUAUCAAGCCGAUAUUGUAAGAGUACAUGAUGUGGAGGAGAUUAAAAAAGUUGUUGCAAUUGGUGAUGCCCUGUAUAAAGAUUUGAUAUAG